AUGGCUGUGCCCUCAUCCGCCUGCGCCCAGAAUCUACCGCGCCCCGGCCCAGUGGCAGCAGGAGGGGGCGGCGGAGUGGCAGGGGGGGGAGGUCCCGGGGGAGCUGCAGCGGGCGGUGGAGGAGGAGCAACAACAGGGGGGUUCGGGGGACCCUUUCCACGAGUGGCGCAGCAGGGGCAGGGGGGAGGGCCUGGCGGGGGAGAGCUGAGGGACCUCUAUGCUCAUCUGGAGGCUGAGCUGGAAGGUCAGCAGAAUGAGGACAUUAAAGGGCAUAUGCACAUCUUCGCUUUCAGUGUUAACAACACGACGUCCAGUCUCCUGUACGUCAUCCGUGUGACGCAUGUCCCGGAGCAAGCACCUCCCACCAACGCCACCAUCACCAGCAGCCAGAACGAGACAGUGCUUUUCAUCCCUGCCACGUGGCGCGAAACCACUGGUCAGCCGGGGCUUAAGAUGGACGAUGGUGGCAUGAUGGGUUGCUCCGCAUCCGCGUGUGCCCAGCAGCCCGCCCCUGGCCCGUUACCAGCAGCAGGGGGAGGGGGCGGAGCACCAGGGGGAGGGGGCGGAGCACCAGGGGGAGGGGGCGGAGCACCAGGGGGAGGGGGCGGAGCAGCAGGAGGGGGAAUGCCUAUGCCCGGAGGGGGGGGAGCAGCAGGGGGGGGAAUGCCUAUGCCCGGAGGUGGGGGAGCGGCAGGAGGGGGAACGCCUGUGCCAGCAGGGGGAGGGGGGGCUCCAGCAGGGGGAGUGCCUGCACCAGCGGGGGGAGGCGGAGCAGCAGCAGGUGGGGGAACGCCUGUGCCUGCAGGAGGGGGAGGGGCAGGAGGGGGAGGGGCAGGAGGGGGAGUGCCUGCACCAGCUGGGGGAGGUGGCGCAGCAGCAGGUGGGGGAACGCCUGUGCCUGCAGGAGGGGGAGUGCCAGCACCAGCUGGGGGAGGUGGCGCAGCAGGGGGAAGUGCCGGGGGAGCAGCAGCAGGUGGGGGGACGCCUGUACCAGCGGGGGGAGGCGGAGCAGCAGGGGGGAGCCCCCCUGCCGGAGCAGCAGCAGGGGGAGGGCCGGGGGGGGCGGGAGCAGUGGGGGGACCUGGGGGAAACUGA